AAAAUUAUAGGUAACUACUUCCAUAAUAAAUAUAUAUAUUUGCGUUUUGACAUUUAAACUGCCAUUACAUACUAUUAUUAGUCUGAUCUGUAAUUUGGUAUUUAUUUCUUCUCAUUCUCAUCAAAUUUUAAUUAUUCAAUUCAAUCUUCUUCUUCCUCUUUCUGGAAUAAUGGAUUACUUAUUAGAGAACAAACGAAAAAGCAACUUCAGCAAGAAAAUUCUAUUGGCUGCUGCACUCACCGCUCUUCUCGUUUUCGUUAUCAAGCGGCCUCCCGUUAUUAGUCCCUCUACCAAGUUUUCUGAGCACGAGCCAGGCGUAACGCAUGUCUUAGUGACGGGAGGUGCAGGCUACAUCGGUUCUCAUGCUGUUCUUCGACUUUUGAAAGAUUCAUAUCGUGUAACUAUUGUGGACAAUCUUUCGCGCGGAAACAUGGGAGCCGUUAAAAUCCUUCAAGAAUUAUAUCCGGAGCCCGGAAGACUUCAAUUCAUAUAUGCUGAUUUAGGCGAUGCACAAGCUGUAAACAGAGUAUUUUCUGAGAAUGCUUUUGAUGCUGUUAUGCAUUUUGCUGCUGUUGCUUAUGUCGGUGAAAGUACAGUCGAACCCCUAAGGUAUUAUCAUAACAUUACAUCAAACACACUGCAAAUUGUGAAGGCAAUGUCAGCACAUGGUGUGAAAACAUUGAUAUAUUCAAGUACUUGUGCUACGUAUGGUGAGCCCGAAAAAAUGCCAAUUACCGAAAACACCCCUCAAGUGCCGAUAAAUCCAUAUGGGAAAGCGAAGAAAAUGGCAGAAGAUAUAAUAAUAGACUUCUCAAAGACAUCAGACAUGGCUGUAAUGAUCUUAAGGUACUUCAAUGUGAUUGGUUCGGACCCUUUGGGUAGGCUCGGAGAAUCUCCCAGACCUGAACUCCGUGAACAAGGAAGAAUUUCCGGAGCUUGUUUCGAUGCUGCCAGAGGAAUCAUUCCAGGCUUAAAGGUAAGAGGAAUCGAUUACAAGACAGCAGACGGAACGUGCGUAAGAGACUACAUUGAUGUGACAGAUUUGAUAGAUGCUCAUGUGAAAGCGUUAGCCCAUGCUAAACCUUCUAAAGUCGGCAUUUACAACGUUGGAACUGGAAAAGGUAGUUCUGUAAGGGAAUUUGUGGAGGCGUGUAAGAAGGCAACGGGAGUGGAUAUAAAGGUGGAAUACCUUAGCCGACGGGCCGGUGAUUAUGCAGAAGUGUACAGUGAUCCUUCGAAGAUUAACAUAGAACUUAAUUGGACUGCUACUUACACUAAUCUUCAACAAAGUUUGACCACAGCUUGGAAAUGGCAGAAGGCGCACCUUAAUGGUUACGAAACUUAAAAACGACAUGUAACUCUACUGUUUUAUCGGAUUUUUUUUUUUUUAUUUCGGAAUUUCGAUUGUUUUUGUUUAGAUUCGAAAUAGACCAAAGUGGUGGUUUUGCAGCAUAGCAUACCCCCAAGGGUAGAUUGGAAAUAAAACUUUAUUAUUCUAUUUUUAUGUUUUCGAUUUUUCGAA